UUUUUCACGAGUCACAACCCCAAAGAAACCAAGAGAGCAGAAACACCACAGAGUCGAAGAUGGAGGGAGCCGGGUCGAGACUGAGCCGAGCCUCCUCGAGGUACGGUCCAACAACCACCGUGUUCAGCGGCCCAGUCAGGAGGUGGAAGAAGAAGUGGGUCCACGUGCCUCCAUCACCCUCCUCUGCCUUCAGCUCUCGCUCCCAAUCCAACGCCCGUAACAACGACAACAACUCUCGCCUCCUCCUCUGCCGCUGGACCCCUAUUUCCUCCGCCGCCGCUAACUCCUCCACCGCCGAUGAGCGCCCCCGCCGGAGGUUCCGCUACACUCCUGUUGUGGCGCUAGAGGACCAGAAGAAGUCGGUGGAGAAGAAGAUUGAGGACAUGGAGGAUGUGGAGAACACUAGUGAAGGAGAGCAAUCUACAGUGCUGACUGAUAAGAUGUUUGGGAAGUCAAACAUGGAUCAAAUCAAGAACCAAGAAGCUGAGAAAUUGGGUAAUACCAGCUCACAUCUGAAUUUAGAUCUGGGCUUGCAAGGUCACAAUGCCAACCUGGAGUUAAUGAACAAAAUGAAAGGUGCUCAGACGAAAACUGCAAGCUCAGGUGGGUUUUGGUUGCAGUGAUGUGUAGCACUUGUGCAGACAAAGCUAGAGAGACGUAGUAAGGUAGUAAAAUGAAGUCAGUAUUAGGUGACCCACCGUGGAUGUCACGUGUUCAUGAUGUAAGUAAUUAAGCUGUAGGAUUAGUUUGCUGGUGCUGUAGCGUUAGUAUGGAGUAAACCAAGUACUAUGUUGUGGUAGUGCAUAACGAAAUAGCAGAUGCUGUUUAACUGCUUGUAUAAUGAUCAGUGAGUCGAGUUGUUGGUGCUUCUUUGUUUAGGGGUCACAAUUCCCGUUUCUGGUUGUUGUCUUUUAUGGAUGUAGCAGAUGAUGUUUAACUGCC